GGCCGCGGCGCCGCUUCCGGCAGCGCGGGGCCACGAUGGCGAUGGCGGGGCUGGGACCCGGCGAGGCCGCCGCGGCCGCUCACGCCUUGUCGCUGCCGGCCGAGGCCUUCGGGAACGAUCCCCGCGUGGAGCUGGCCUGGGCCAUGAAAGCACACCAGCACGCCCAGGUCUACUUCAAUCUCAUCUCCUCCGUGGACCCCAAGUUUCUGAACCUCACCAAAGUCGACGACCAGAUCUACAGCGAGUUCAGGAAAAGCUUCAAGGAUCUUAAAAUCGACGUGCUCGACCCCGAAGAGCUCAAAUCGGAGUCUGCCAAGGAGAAAUGGCGCCCGUUCUGCCUGCGGUUUGAGGGGGUGGUGGAGGAUUUCAACUACGGCACCCUGCUCCGCCUGGACUGCCGCAAAGACUACACCGAGGAGAACACCAUCUUCGCUACCAGAAUCCAGUUUUUCGCCAUUGAAAUCGCUCGGAACAGAGAGGGCUGUAACAGCGUCGUCUACAGCAGUGCCAGGGAGCCGGCGGCCGCUGCGGCAGAAGCGGCGUCGGGGUGAGGAUGGGAUGAGCUCACCCGGCACCGAGCCGAGGAGGGGGCAGAAAGGCCCCUGCCCCACUGCUGGUCCCUGCCUGGGCAGGGGGAGAAGCAGGGCUGUACCUGCCUUCCCUGCUCCUCUGAGUUCAGACUCCGUUUCCAGACUGUAAAUAAAUGUUUUAAAAAAAAAUAAUAAAAAAAUUCCUUGUGGUGCAGGUGGUCAAAGGGUUGUUCCCUAGAUCGGACCAAAACCGCUAAGGAAGUUAUCGCUGAAUCCACUGAUUUUGGCUAGACCUUUGCCUGCACCACUUGAGGCCCCCCAUGCCAGAGUACGAUCCACCCACGCAAAUCAAAUACAAUUUUUUAACCCGCUUUGUGUGGAAAACUUGUCCCGCAGCAGGCAGGGGCCAGCUCCUGCCUGCGGGGUGCGCAGGGGAGAGCUCGGGGCGCAGGCGAUGCCCAGGCAGACACGGCUCAGUAGAAACCAUUGAAGUUUUAUUUGCAGUCACAAUGCUUACACUGUAUGCAGCAAACACCCUUACAAGUCAACCAGCAAUCUGCUCACGCGAAAAAGGACCCAACACACAAUCGCCAGAGGAAAGAAAACAAAAAAAAAAGGGGGGGGGGGAAUAAAAUAAAAUAAA